UUCUCCCACGAUCUUCCUCUAUAAAUUCCACCCUCUUCCAUUCCCAAAACCUCUUCUCCUCUUCUUCCUUCCUCUCUCUCCCCAUACGCUCUAAAUUUUUGUUUACAAUAUACAGGGGCUCUGCCACUCUGUUCUUUCCCCCGCUGUUUUCCCCUCUUUCUCUUCUUCUCCUUCUUCUAUACAUACAGAUUUCAGAGAUUACAGUUUCUUAGUAGAUCCACAAAUCCAAGAAGCUCUUUCUCGCAAAUUCUGGGGCUUUUUGACUCAAAUCUCAAGUACCCAUUUGAGAAAUUUCCUAUUUUUACCUUAUUUCUUGCAUCAAAACCCAAUCUUCCCCCGCAAAUCUCCCUCGUUCCUCCCUCUGAAAGCAGGUUUUUUUGUUCUCUAUUUCUCAAAAUUUGGGCCUCUUUUUUCUUUUACUGAAACCUCAAAUACCGAUUUGAGAAAAUUCCCCAUUUUGACCCUUUUUUAUCAUAAAAAAAUCCCAACUUUCCCCCAGAAAUCAGAAGCUUCUUUCCCUCCUCCUCGCUCCCUCUCUCUCUCUCCCUCUCUCUCACGCACUAAUUUCUUAGUUUUUUUUUUUUUUCUUUUUUUUUCUUUUCAAAUCACAUACAUAUAUGUGUUCCUCUCUGUUAAUGUUCCUAAUAAUUAAUGUCGCCUAUCCUAAGUGAGAUCCUCCUCUCCGGGUUUAUGAUCAACUCCUCACUGAGGCGUGGGACCCACCUCGUUCAAUCCUUCUCUGUGGUUUUCCUCUACUGGUUCUAUGUCUUCUCAUGAACUAAUCAUUUAAUUAAUUUUCCCUCAAAAUUCCCCUAUUGCUAUUACUAUCAAUCUAUCAUCAUCGUUAUUAUUAUUAUUAAUUAGUUCCCUCUAUAUAUGAUAUAUAUCUUUUAUAGUUUUUGGUAGCGCAAUACAUAUUAUAUUUUGCGAAGGAGAAAUUAAUUAAGACUAGUGUUUGCUUUUAGAAGUGAUCAUCUCAUCUUUAAAGAUCAAAAAAAAAAAAAAAAAAAAAAAAAAAAAGAAAAAACAAUGGCUUCCUCUAGUGGGACGUCAUCUGGAUCCAGCAGCGCCCAGCUUCAGAAUUCGGCAUCAUCUGAGGAGGAUCUGCGGGCCCUGAUGAAGCAGAGGAAGCAGAAGCGGAUGCUGUCGAACCGCGAAUCUGCGCGGCGCAGCCGGCAGCGGAAGCAGAAGCACCUGGACGAGCUGAUGGCUUCCGUGAACCAGCUCCAGAAGGAGAAGGCCCAGAUCCUCUCCGCCAUCGCCUUCACCUCGCAGCACCACGCGCUGCUGGAGGCCGACAACUCCGUGCUCAGGACCCAGGCGGUCGAGCUCCGCAGCAGGCUCCAAUCACUCGACCACAUCUUGUGCUUCUUGAACGGCACCGGCAGCACUGCCCCCUCCUCCGACGAAUCUUACUACGCUGGCUUUGAGGCUUCCGAGAGCUGCAUGAGGCACCACCCACUGGUGGCUUCAGCAGACAUGUUGUUUCACUACUCUUAAUUGUUUGGUUAACACACAAGCUGCUGCUGUAAUUGCUUUUUGGCUAGUUUUUCUUUUCUUUUUAUUAUUAUUAUUAUUAUUAUUGUGAUACGGUGGAAGUGGUGGUGGUGGUGCUUGUGAUGUAUGCAUGCUUUAAAUUGGGUCCUACCUUAAUAAUUAAUUAAUUAGGUUCUGUUUAAUAAGAAAAAGAGUUUUAGCUUUUGAGAGGCUUAAUUUCUAAGGGACCGGUGGGUUUUCAUUGGGUUAUUAUUAUUAGAAUGAAGCCCGUUGCAUGGAUCUGUGUCGAAUGUACUUAAUUGGCUACUAUAUUAUUAAUAAGAAGUUAUCAUUUUUUUUUUUAGUA